AUCCUCCUCUUCUCCAUCCCCGCCAUGUCCACCCCCUCCUUCCCCCCGUAUCUCACAUCGGGUGCAUCCUCCAGGACACACCAUGCCCUCCUCGCCCAGCUCAACCAAGCUGCAUCACCCCACGAAGAGGAUGCCAUCAUCACAGAGCACCUAUCUCAUGCAAAAACUCUCUUUCGCUCGCAGGAUCAGAACACAUCAAGAGUAGCAGAAACGCUCAUCAUGGUCCUACAUUGCACCGCACUACGCCAUGACUGUAGCGAUGAUCUGGACUUUGUGCUGAUCCCUGCACUCAAAUUGGCCGAAGGUGGGAAGAGUGUGCAGGAGAAACGUAUAGGUUAUCUUUACUUGACGGAGAAUCUACCGCGAGAUCACGAGCUUCAUCUGCUUUUGAUCAACACAAUACGCAAGGACCUCUCUUCGACGAAAGAAGCGCACGUUCUGCUGGCUCUGCAGGCCAUUGUCAAGCUGUCUUCUAGAGACCUGGGCCCGGCGGUUACGCCUAUCCUCAUAUCGAAAGCGCUCAUUCGGCACCAUCUACCCUCCAUCCGGCAGCGCGUCUACGAAUCUCUCAGAUCACUGUAUCUACUCUCCCCUAACGCAGCCCACGAGCCGGAACCAUUUCCUCUUACCAUGAGCAAGCUCGUCAAAGCACUAGGGCAAGAAACCGAUUCUGGCGUCUAUACUGCCAUCCUGAGACUCCUUGGUGGCUUGAUUCAGAGGAAUAUACAGACGGUGACCACUGAUGCUGAGCAACAAUAUAUCAUUCAGCUUGUGCUAGAUCGGAUAGCCGAAAGACAGGUUUUACUGGAGGGACAGAUGUCUCUACAAGCUUUGUCAUUGUUCCUUACUCUCUUCAAGACACGACCGUUAGUCUCAGAAAACGAAGUUACUGACGAACUCUCGACCUGGCUAUCGAAUAUUAUACAGCCAAUCUCUAACGGAUGGCAGGGCGCUUUCUUGUUUGAAUCAUGUCGCCUCGCCUCUCACCUUCCCAAGAUAGCCCCCGCAUGCGUCCACAGCGCCACCCAGCUCCUGUAUCUACCCUCACCAUCGUCCCAUGGCCACCUCACACCACAGAUCCCUUCGCCCAAUGACCAUGUCUUGGCUUUGAGAUGCCUGAUGCUACUGCCCAGAGAAAGCUGGGAUGGCAAGUUAGGUGAAGGAGAGAUGGGUGUCAUCAUGGAAGGUGUCAAUAGUGUGGACACUAGUGUAAGGCGAUCAACUAUCCGGCUACUCGACUCUCUUUCGCCUGAUCUUCCCCGGUCAAUCUUUCAGCGCUAUCUAGAGUCCCUCGAGUCAAACAGCGACCUGUCUCUACCGAUGAACAUCCCUGCGGAUGCUCCUCUUGCCUCAAAGGUGGAUCUGGCCAGACGAGAAACCGCGAGGAGAGCGCUUGAAGUGCUGGAGGUCACAUCCGCAGAAGAUGGAGAAGUAUACGGAGAGGGCGUGGCGCAUUUGCUGCUAGCUUUUGAAGGUGGGCAGAAAGAAGGCACUAUAUGGGAAGAGCUUUUGAGGGGUGUCAUGGACUUUAUCGUUAGCAAAGACGACGGAAAGUUCAUACACCCAUUCUCCUUCUCAUUUCUAUCCAAACUAUCGGCCGCAAAACCUGAGAACUACGGCCCCACGACAGUUACUAUAGCAUCCACCCUCGCAUGCUCUCAUCUUCCGUCAAACGCCAGACCCAUGGCAUUCUCUUAUCUCCUCAGAGUUCUCCCACAAGUACCGCCGUCAAUUCAAGAGCUCGUCCUGGGGGCGCUCACGGGUUAUAUGAUGGGCGAACAUGACAGAGCGGAGGAUCAAGAAGUUGUCAGUGCUGUGAGGAAGGUCGAAGAGACGGCACCGCGUUAUCUGCAAAAACGGUGUGCCGAAGUGGUUGGUGUAAUUGAUCACAGUCUAUACCAGGACGUGCAGCAACAAGCUCGAUCAAACAAGCUACCGGACAUCCUUACUGCCAUCAAAGAAGUGUAUAGCAAGUUCAGAAAGGAGUUGUCCACGGAUAUGCCUUCAGGAAGCUCUUCGACGCCGCCUUGGACGGUCACCUUUGAGACCCCAAAGAAAUUACGGUACAAUGCUUAUGAGGCGCCGCAAGCAAAGCCGCGGUAGCUGUUUGGCUAUAGAUCGGUAUACCGAGUCCGAAAGUCCUGCGGCAGUAUAUAUUGUACAUGUAUCUCUACAGGUUCAUAUGUAUGCAGCUUUUGUCACCUUUUUAAUAGACUGCGUAGCAAGCGAC